UCCCUCAGUAGCCCAAUGGAGCUCGGCAACGGCUUUGUGCACGCGUACAAGACGCGCCUGUUGCUGCAUCUUGUGGCAGCCACACAUCUCGGCUGUGCCGUCCGCCACGACUACCUGUACGCGCGGCUGCCGCAGCUGGCGGUGGAGCUGCGGCUGGAGGCGCCCAUGGGGGGCAAGCUCAAGUACUUGACCUUUCUGAGCGGCCUGCUGCAGUUCGCCUACUACCUCCUGGCGCUGGUCUACGAUGUCCUGCGGGCACGGCGACUGCGGCUGUUGCGGGACUUUCUGCUGGCCAGCUACGUGGUGCCCUUGGGCCUGACGGUCAGCCUCACCUUUUGGACGCUGUGCGCCAUCGGGCAGGAGUCCAUUUAUCCCGGAUUACUCGACCUCAUCUAUCCCGCGUGGCUCAACCACGCGCUGCACUCGUUCGUCGUGCUCUACGCCCUCCUGGAGCUGUGCAUCUCGCAGCAUCGCUACCCUCCGCGCAGCAGGGGACUCGCUGGAUUGGCACUGUUUAUGGCUUCGUAUCUGGCCUGGCUGCACUACAUCUGGCUAAGGACUGGCAUCUGGGUGUAUCCCUUCUUGGGCGCUCUUUCUGCAACCGUGCGGCUGCUCUUCCUUGCGCUGAUUGUGGCCCUGAGCUUUGCCUACUACUUGCUUGGGGAGCGAACGAACGCAGUUCUGUGGCCACGUAACUCUUGCGGCAUGCGACGCUGGAGCAGCAGCGAGUAAAAGCAGCGAGCAAAAGCAGCGAGUGGGAGCUAACGUAAUUGUUCCACGCUGAUUAACAAACGAAAAUCAAUUGGCUGCACGUUGCACUCAAUGGAAAGGAACAAACAGAACCCCAGCAGCACUUUCGGUGCCAGAAAAGUGAAACUCACUUCAAGCAAAAUGCAAGUAAAUAUUUGAAGAAUUCCGGGACAAGUGCCUGCCUGGCUUUGGCUCUGGUUUAGUCUUGA